AUGGCGUGGCCCUGCAUCAGCCGCCUGUGCUGCCUGGCGCGGCGCUGGAACCAGCUGGACCGCUCCGACGUGGCUGUGCCGCUGACCCUGCACGGCUACUCGGACCUCGAGAACGAGGAGCCCGGCCCGGGCGGCGCCGCCUCGCGCAGGGGCCAGUCCCCGGCAGGCGACCGGGCCCCCGGCCGGGACGUGCCGCUCACUCAGUACCAGCGGGACUUCGGCGUGUGGACGGCGCCCGCGGUGCCCAGGGAUGCGCCUCAGGGGCGCGGGCCGGGGGCGGGCGGCCGCAGGGGCAAGCCCCCCGCGCCCGCUGCCCGUGGCGUCUACGUGCUGCCCGUCGGCGACGCGGACGCGGCCGCAGCAGCGACCACAUCGUACAGGCAAGAGUUCCAGGCUUGGACUGCAGUGAAACCCUCAAGAUCCACAAAGGCAAAACCAGCCAGAAUCAUCACUACCCACACAUCCGGAUGGGACAGCAGCCCUGGGGCCAGCUUCCAGGUCCCUGAGGUGAGGAAGAAGUUCACUCCUAACCCUUCAGCCAUCUUUCAGGCUUCGGCUCCCCGGAUUCUCAAUGUGUGA